AUGAGAUGUCACAUGACCGACGGCCCAGCGAACAAAAAGUCGAAACUUGAAAAAGUCGAGAGAGUGGGAAAGCAUGAGAGACCAAGGUCGACUCGUUUCAAUCAAGGCUCGCUGUCUAAGGUCCUACUAUCGCAUUAGCAGCCAUGAGAGUCGAGACCUGCCAUUUCUGUUCCCAGCCAUGCUAUCCCAGCAAAGGCAUAACAUUUGUGCGCAAUGACGCCCGUACAUUUCGCUUCUGCCGCUCGAAAUGUCACAAGAACUUCAAGAUGAAGCGACAGCCCCGCAAGCUGAAAUGGACCAAGACUCACCGUGCCCUCCACGGCAAGGAGAUGAUCGUCGAUUCCUCGCUGCUCCUAUCCCAAUUCGCCAAGAGACGAAAUGUCCCCGUGAAGUACGACCGUAAUCUGGUUGCAGCCACGAUCAGGGCUAUGGAAAGAGUGGAGGAGAUUAGACAGAGGCGCGAACGUGUAUUUACCAAGAGAAGAUUGGCUGGCAAGUUGGCGCGGGAGAAGCAGAGAGCAGAAGACAGGAGAGUGGUGGCCGAGGGGGAGCACCUUAUCCGCAAGGAGCUCAAGGAAAGAGAGGAGGAAAACGUGCCGCUGGACACAAACAAGAAUCUCAGCCAAGUUAUGGGUACGGAAAGGCUACGGACGAAGAAGAAGACGAGACUUUUGGUGGAUGGUGGCACGCAGGACGAGAUGGAAAUCGACUGAGGGAGGGGGGGACGUUUUCUCGAUACCUUUAUUUUCGCUUCGGAUAUUUUGUUUUGGCUUCUUCAUGUUACAGCGGGGUAAUAUAUCGGCGUUGGGAUUCUUAUCUUCUCAUGUGUUUCCUUUGUUAAGACUAAAAAGAGUGGGUUUUCAUUUUUGGAUUGAUUUACUUUUUCGCCUCAUCUGCAGUCCCACCGCUCUUGGAUGUCCUUUUACAGACUACGGUAUUGCUUCCUCUCAGAAUAUGAUGAUAUCUUGGAAUCCAUACAAGCGUUACAUUGGCCCCUUCCACGUACACAGGAUUUACUCUUCCCCAAUCUCCUGCAGUAUGGCCUUUCGUUCUACAUAGCCGUUGAUACCGAAGCCGCCAUGGUCUGAGAUUUGUUUGUUUAAGCCAUGCAGGUAAGAAAUACCCCGCGUCCAGUGUAUGUAUGGUGUGAUAUGCAUAUACACCUCCUUCUGCCUCAAGGGAAUAUCCGGCGAAAAAUGGCAUCUCGCUGCUUGUGAGGUAGGCACGAUCCACGGUUG